GCGGCGCGGCGGAGGAGCGGCGGCCCCGGGGACGGCCCGAGGGCGGGGGCAGCCGCUGCUGUCCGCGGCCGGGCGCAGCAAUUGCAAUAUGCUUCAGAGGUGAGGAGCAGUACUGUUCACUUCAUGAAUUUAAGAAGUACAGGAACUCUGAAUGACAAAAGCUCUUUAGAUGAGACCACUUAUGAAAAACUGGCUGAAGAGACACUGGAAUCCUUGGCAGAUUUCUUUGAGGACCUCACAGAUAAGCCUUUUACCCCAGAAGAUUAUGAUGUCUCUUUAGGGAGUGGAGUUUUAACAGUUAAAUUAGGUGGAGACAUGGGAACAUAUGUAAUCAAUAAGCAAACACCUAACCGGCAGAUUUGGCUGUCCUCUCCCACAAGUGGGCCCAAGCGCUAUGACUGGACUGGACAGAGUUGGGUAUAUUCUCAUGAUAGAGUGUCCCUUCAUGAACUACUAUCAAAAGAAUUUUCAGCAGCACUAAAAACUAAAUUGGAUUUAUCCUGCUUAAUAUAUUCUGGGAAAGAAGAUGCCUGAUGAUGUGCUACCUCAUGCAAGUUUAAAGACUUUAACCACCAGCGCUUCCGUGGUUUCUGAGUACCUGAGCUUAUUUCUGUUGGUUUUUUCUUGACACCACUGUGUGCGAGAACAUGAAGAUAAUAUGUUUUUUUCUCUAGUAUUCAGUCUUUGAGUUUCUCUGAUGCAGCUUGAAUGUGUAUCCAUGCAGUACAGGUAGAUUAGAUGUCCAUUCAUUGCCAUCACUGCAUUUUUUACUUUCUUAUGUUGAAAUCAACUGCGGUCCUGUUUGGAUGUAAGGACUGGCGUCGGGUGACCUCUGCCCAGUGCACAGAAGCCAUAUUUUUUGGUGAGAUAUUAACCCUAAACAAGAAAUGUCUGUGAAUCACAAUGAUGUAAGUUACUGUACUGUGAUGCAUGGUAUUAAAAUUUGCAGCUAUUGAUAAGGUUUUAGUAUUAGUGCAAGUAAAUAAUGCAGGGGAGCCAAACUGAACAUGUCGUACAGGAAAUGACUGUGGCAGAGGAGAACUUUUAGUUUUGCAAGAUGGAUGUAAUUUUUCUCUCAGUAUUGCAGAACUUGCUCACUUCUCCAAGUUCUAUAUUCUUUGACGUCGGGAUAUUUUUCUGAACAAAAUUACCCACAGGUCUGUGUGUUUGUAAGCAUCGUGUGACUCAAAAAGGCUGGUGUGCAGUGUUCAAGCUGUGCGGCAAUCUCUGCCAAUACUUUAUUCUCUUCCUGUGAUUUUUUUUUCUUCCUGUUUCUACUCUUUGUAGAGCAGAAAGAUGUAAUUUAUUGCCUGUAUGUUAGUUGGUAAAUGGAGAUUGUGUCGUGCUAGCAAAAAUUUGCACUGCUGCAUUUCUUAAGUGGGUUUAGAUUUUCACCACGAUGCAACAUGGAAGCAAUUAAAAGCUUUGACACAUUUUGAACCUCGAGAAUGCUUUAACACUUGCAGUGUUGCAUUAUUGCCACUGACUGUUUUUAAUUGCCUUUAAAAUGGAAGCACAGUUGUUGACUAAUUACUGUGAUAACAUAAAAUAUUUUUUCACUGUAUUAUAAGUAUAUGGUGUGAGAUGUUUCAAUGCAAGUUACUUUUCUUGCUCAUUCUGACACUUCUGAUUAGCUUGUCUGGAUGCUUUUGGCUAGCUAGAAUUUUACACAUGCGGAUAAUUUCAGAUAGCAUCAUUGCCCUGUACUUGCAUUUGAAGUGUAUGUUGUUCCAACUAUUUCUCACCAUGAAUUAAAUAGAAAGAACCAUUUCCUUGGAACACGAUCAUGAUUGAGUCUGCAGACUGUGAUCAUGUGAACUGUGCAAACUGUUACACAAACUGUUUGGUUUUUAAAUCAAAAUAAGAAAGGCCAGUAUUAUCUGAAAUGGAAGCUGCAGAAUGAUUCGUAACUGGUAUAUAAGAUUUUUUUUUUCUCAAAUGAAGGCUAAAACAGGACAUCUUUUUGCUAUUUGAAAUUAAAAUUUAAAAAAUACAAUGCAUGGAAAGUGAUGAUAUUCUGAUCUGUCUCCUAGUAAUUGAAAAAGCUAUUUAGACAAACCUGGAUAGACGCUCAUUACCUAAUACGAGAAUUGGGGAUGUUUCCUCCUGGUUCUUCCUUUGCCUGAUCACAUACAACUUGUCUAAUUAUUUUUUGACUUUUCAAAAAACUACUUUCCCAAGUAAUUUGCAUGCAGCUUACCCAUCAACGUGUAUCUGAUUCAUGUUUUGAGACUCAUUCUCCAUGCCCUCUCAUCAUCAUAGAAUCAUAGAAUCCUUUGAGCUGCCAGGGACCUUUAAAGGCCAUUUAGUCCCACUCCCCUUCAGUGAACAGGGAUGUGCACAGCUACAUCACGUUGCCCGGAGUUUGAUCCAGCCCCUCUUUGAUAGUCUCCAGGGAUGGAGCAUCAACCACAUCUCUAGGCAAGCUGUUCCAGUGCCCUCACUGUAAAAGACUUUUUCUGUAUAUCCAACCUGUAUCUGCCCUCUUCAAGCUUGAAGCCAUUUCCCCUUGUUCUGUCACAACUGACACCACUGAAGAGUCUAUCUCCCUCAUUCCUGUAGCUUCCCUUGAGAUACUGAAAGGCCACUGCCAGGUCACCUUGGAACUCUCUCUUCUUAUACACUUGCACCAAAAUGAAGCUGCAUGUAGAACUCAUUGUGUUAAGGUGUUAUUUCCAUGUGUGAUGAUGAAGACCACAGUUAUGCAUAUUAUGCUGAAUUAUUAGUGUUUCUUAAAACGCUCGCUUUAUUCAGGACUUGGCUAGCCAGGAUGGCCUUUCUAAGAGCACUUCAGCUUUCAUGUUUGAAAUGCCUUCCCCUUCUCCUGUAGCACUACUGCUAUUUAUGCAAACUGUUUCCUGGUUUUAUCUAGCUGAAUAACAAUGUGAUUUAAUCUAACUGGGAAAGAUGAAUAGCAUCAGUGAGAUAAAAGGAGGGAUUCUUAUCCAUGUAUACAAAGUGAAUCAUAGGACAUGACUCAUUUCUGCUCUAAUACUGGUAUGGCAUUCUAAGUAGGGGCAAGGCCUUAAACAGCCAUCGUGCCUGUGAAUGGAGGCACAGGAGGAGUUCUUAUCCUGAUGUCAGACUUCUCAUAUUGCCCCAAGACAAAAUAAGUCUUCUGUAGUAUUUUUUUAUUUCUGUAACUUACCUGUAUUAACUGAUUGCCCCACAGUUACAAACCUGAUGUCGUGUCAAUUGUUUCUUUCUUCAUUUCUCUGAAAAGGAAGACCUGAAGGAAAAUCCUCUGAUACUCAUUACAGACAGUUAAUAAGAAUACUUGCGUUACUGGUGGCUUUUUCCCCACAAAACAGUUGCUCUGUCCUCAGUAGAGGAAAACAUGUAAAAUGCUUCUGAAAGGCAGAUUUUGGUAUCUGAAAUUAUACUGAAUGCUCAGGAGAAAGGGAGGUGUGUUUGUUUUUUUCUUAAGGUGUAUCAGAGUUUUCUUCAACAGCUAAUCACCCUUUCUGCAGCUGGUGAUAGUGUUUGCUCCUGUCCUACAGCCUGAACGUCUCAGCAUUUCUAACCUUGCUAAAAUCAUUUCCUGUGUACCAGCAAGUCCUCUAGAAAUCUAUAUAGAUUCAGGUAGUGGAGCUUAACAUAGCACAACUGCUUUCUAUCUGUGAUGGUUGUAACAUGAGUUAUGUGCCUAAAUGCUUAGCUGACGUUUCUUGUUUGAGUCUCCUUUCUGCUUGUGGUAACUCUUAAGCAAUGAUAUCUCCUGUCUGCAGGGUUGUUCCAUACAUUAACUCAUCUUGUCUUGUUCUUUAACAUUCCUGAAGUCCUUUAGCAGCUUGAGAAAUUGGACAUAGACAUGUUCUGAAGAACUCGUACAUGAGUAGGGGUUGGGGAAUGGUGGGGCAGGGGGACAGCAUGGAAAUCCUGUGUAAUUGCUGUCAGCUUUGCAUCAUUGUAUUAACCAGUGCUGGAACAUGAGGGAGUCUGCAGGAGUGAGUUCUUGGAAGGAAGGCAGAGGCCUGCCAAAAUACUUAAAAGAACAUUGAAAAUAAAGAAGGAAGCAUGAGAGGGGUGGAAGACAAUCAGAAAGAGAUGCCCAGCGGUUGGUGUUGCUGGCAGGACACGGGGACUAUGGGCAAGCUUUGUCUUGUGGCAUUUGGGAAUGGCAUUUUAAUUUCGCUCUGCACACCGCUAUUCACAUCAGUUUAACACUAUUAUUUUACAGUUUUACCUUAUUGAACAGAUGUUCCAGUCCCUGUUGCUUGUUGAGACUGUUCAACUCAUUUAAAAAUAAGAAAAGUUGUUUGGAGUUAUGUCUCUCUCUAUGCCAAACCGUCAAUGUAAACUGUACUGUUGGCCGUCUUAAAAUAAAGACAAGAUUUGUGGAGAUAGA